AUGAGGAUGCAUCUAAACGCCCUCAGUGUAAAAGCGUCCAAUUGCUGGCCGAGCCUGCUGAUGAGUGGAAGUGUAAUGGGAAGAGUUCGGUUGAAGAAAGUGAAAAAGAAGGAAGAGAAGCAAAAGUGGGAUGACAGACAUUGGUCAGAGAAAGCUUUAGAUGAAAUGACAGAGAGAGAUUGGAGAAUAUUUAGGGAAGAUUAUAACAUUACAAUAAAAGGUGGAAGGAUUCCAGAUCCAAUUCGUAAUUGGAAAGAAACCGGAUUUCCUCCUGAAAUUGCAGAAAUCAUUGAUAAAGUUGGCUACAAAGAUCCAACACCUAUUCAAAGACAAGCCAUUCCGAUUGGAUUGCAGAACCGAGAUAUUAUUGGCGUGGCUGAGACUGGUUCGGGUAAGACCCUUGCCUUUUUGAUUCCUCUGCUGAUGUGGAUUCAAUCUCUCCCCAAGAUUGAUCGUAUUGAAGAUGUUGAUCAAGGACCAUAUGCCAUUAUUCUGGCUCCAACUCGAGAGCUGGCACAACAAAUAGAAGAGGAAACAAACAAAUUUGGUGGUCCUCUUGGCAUCCGAACAGUAGUGGUGGUAGGAGGUCUGUCCAGGGAGGGAGCAAGG